AUGUCUGAGAUUGCAGACGUGGCACCUAAAGUGGCGGCGGCCGUUGCGCCCCAGCCAGAGGAAAGCAUUCAGAUGCAGGCGAACGGAGUCAGCCGCAGUAAUCAGGUUAUCUUGCAAAAGUAUGAGCAAGAACGUAACAAGCGUCUGCGCGACGACGGGAAUGCACAGUAUAUUGACCCAUCGCUUCAUCCCAAGCUUCGCCAGUUUCAGCAAGAUGUUUGGGCCAAAAGCCUCCCAAAUCCAGGACUCGAUAGAGCACGGAAUGGAGACAAACACAAAGUCGUACUACUCGGAGCUGGAUUCGGUGGUUUGUCAACGGCUGCUCGUUUGAAGCAGGCUGGCAUCGAUGAUGUUGUGCUACUUGACAUUGCUGGUGGGUUUGGCGGUACCUGGUAUUGGAAUCGCUACCCUGGGUUGAUGUGUGAUGUCGAAAGUUACAUAUACAUGCCUUUACUGGAAGAAACAGGCUAUAUUCCCAAGCACAAGUACUCCAGUGGCCACGAGCUACGGCAGUAUGCCGAGCUUCUUGCCGAUACGUUCCAGCUUCGAGACAAGGCCAUCUUCCAGGUCAAGGUUGAGACAGUCAAGUGGGAUGAUGAGAAUAAUCAUUAUGUCAUUGACCUGACACGACUAGAUGGGAAGGGAAGUCUUCAGAUUCUCGCCGAUUUCAUCGUGAGCAACUGUGGUGCGAUCAAUUUGCCCAAGAUGCCCGAUCUACCAGGCAUGCUUGACUUCGCUGGUCACAGCUUCCACACUUCACGAUGGGAUUACAGCUACACGGGUGGAGCCCCAGAGAAUCCAGACUUGACUAACUUACAGAACAAACGCGUGGGGAUUAUCGGGACAGGUGCUACUCUCCUUGAUCUCUCUCGUGGAAAGAUAUUACUAACUUUAUUAAUUUGUCUAGGCGCAACCGCGGUCCAGGCAGUAUCACACUUGGGUAAAUGGGCAAAAGAACUCUAUGUAUUCCAGCGUACCCCAUCGUCCGUGGAUGUGCGGAACAAUCGUGCUACUGAUCCCGAAUGGUUCAAAAAAGAAGUUGCUGGGAGUGGACAUGGCUGGCAACUUCGUAGACAAGAAAAUUUUAACCUCCACGUUGCCGAUGUUGACCCAGGCGUCGAUAUGGUGGACGAUGCGUGGACCAGUAUGCGAACUUUCAGCUAUGUGGUCGGCAAUCCUAAGAUAAACCAUAUGAAAGAUGUUCCUAGCUUUCUUGCAGAAGCUGGGGCCCAGGAUUUUCCUCGCCAGGAAAGGAUCCGGAAACGGGUCGAAGAAAUCGUGAAGGACAAGGCAACGGCAGAGAAGCUAAAGCCUUGGUACUCAGGUUGGUGUAAGAGACCUUGUUUCCACGACGAUUAUUUACCAACAUUCAAUCGACCGAAUGUACACCUCGUCGACACAGAUGGGAAAGGGGUCGACAAGGUCACCGCAAAUGGAGUUGUCGUGGCUGGAAAAGAAUAUCCACUGGAUCUGCUGAUAUUCGGUACGGGAUAUUGGAUCAAGGGUGCCGAGAGUCCUUGUGGGAAGGCCAAUUUCAAAGCCUACGGCAAAGGCGGUGUCUCGAUGGACGACAAAUGGGCCGAGCAGAUCACCACUCUCCAUGGCCUCAUUACAAAUGGGUUCCCUAAUUACUUCUUCCCCGGCCCAAAUCAGUCUGGUGCUGCGGCAAACAUGGUGUACGGGAUGUCCACCUUUGCCGACCACCUGGCCUACAUUCUAACCGAAGCCUACAAGAAGUCCUCUGGUCGGCCAGUCCUGAUCGAGGGAGAACCUGACGCCAUGGAGGACUGGUCCCAGCAGAUUGUAUCCAAAGCAGUCGCCUUUGCGGCGCUAGGCGGAUGUACACCGAGUUAUCUAAAUGGCGAAGGCGCUGUAGGCAAACCCAUGGCUCCUGAAGUCAUGGCAAAGGCAGCUAGAGCCGCUGUUUGGGGUGAAGGUGUACAGAGCUAUAUUGACAUCGUAACUAAAUGGAGAGCUAACGGCGACCUGAAAGGACUCAAGAUCACUCCUUCAGUGACAGCUUAA